AUGGCCAACGAUGCUGGAGACCAACCAUCCUUCGCAUGGGUCGAAUAUGAUCCCAGAGCUUUGGCGGAGCGCAGAGCUGCUGGCGUGUACAAACAGCAGCGUCGAGUGGUGCGGGCGCACGUCGCACACACCUCUUCUGGUCUGAGAAAAGCCACUAUCGCCAGGAAGGAGUCCAUCGCAAAAGCAGCGGGACCAAAGAAAGCCAUCAAAGCACCACAGAAGUCGACAUCGAUAACAAUACCGACUACACAAGAUGAGGCGGACAGACUUGCUUACGACUCGAUCGCACGUCUCUUCUCGAGACUUCGUUCUCGCGACGCAAACGCCAUCGCUUCCAUGGGUCAGAAAUCUGAUCGCGUUUUGCUUUGGAACGCUUUCACUGGCGGUACCAUAUGUUUUGACGCCGCCAUGUUUGUCGCCGGGACUUAUGCAAAUACAUGUGGUCUCAGUAGACGCGAAUUGAAUCAUGAUUUCGGAAGCGGUCUAUUGUUUCUUCGAGGGGCUUUGCUUGAUGGCAUUCAGAGAACGAUCGUCCACACGCCAAAAGACACAUUGAAUUCGAUCUCUAUUGCUCUUCUAGCAGGUUGGGAGCGCAGGUUCGGUGAUCAUCUGUCGUACAAAGUUCACAUGCAGGCAUGGAGAACUUUGCCUCUUGCGAUGGGAGCUCUGGAAGAAACCAGCAUUGCUGCACUUACGGACGUGGCCAUGAAGUGCUUUCAGGAAGCCACCAACGAGCGAUACAUUGCCGAGAACGCGUUCUCGACUGUACGAUCUCUUUCUAACGGGACAGUGGUACCAAGUGGUCUUCCAUUAGGUUUCCAUGUCAUACCAACCGAACGUCCCGAAGCGUUGAGCCUGUUGAGCACGAUAUCUAACUGUGCGAGGUUUGAUUACACUUUACCUCGUUCUGUCGAAGACUUCCGCAAACUUGUCAUAGAAAUCCUGUCAUGGAGUGCCAGCCAUUCCGUCUCGGCAGUACCCGACGAAUUGUACGAGGAACAGUGGGACAAGCUCCAACUGAAUGCUUGCUACCACAUCCGAUCAGCCAUGAUCUGCGCGAAUGAACCCUUGAUGUGGGCAUGCAUCAAGGCGCAAGGCCUGACAUGGAUCUUCGACACUCAGGCAGGCCUUGACAUCCAUGUUGGGUCAUGUCAACAUCUUAAAACACACGAGCUCAUGGGCACAAAGUACCAGGAUCUAGCAAUUUGGGCGAAAAUGACAUUGAACAGCCAUGCCACCCCUUCGCAAAGUGGAGAUGAGCAUAUCAGUGCGCUCCUGAAGCACACUGACAUCAGAACCUGGGGAAAGAUGGAAGCCUUGCUCAAGAGAUUCAUGUACAGAGAAGAGCUAUCAGGCGCGAAAUAUCGCAGAUUGUUUGAUGCACUUGUCUUCUAG